UAUAAACGACAGUUUAAGCCGAUAACGUCGCCGAACUUUCAGUGUAUUCUAGUCUCUUCUGCUGUGAUCGUGUCGUCUGCUGGAACCAUGUUUCGAUUGAUCGUGCUAAGUGUUGUCUGCGCCGUAACGUUUGCUAACCCAGCAAACAGAGAAAGAAGACAGGCGGCUACCAACUGUUUGGAUGCCUUCAAAAAUGUACCCAACCCAUGUGUAAACAACGUACAAAGUCAGGUAUAUUUCCCCCACCCAACAGACAACACCAAAUUCAUCCAGUGUGACAGGUAUGGACGCAUGUACAUCAUCCAAUGUCCAGAAAAUCUAGUCUACAGUUCUACCACUAGCACGUGCCGUCAACAAGCAACAAGCGUCGUGACACAGGGAACUACCAUGGCACCAAUGCCUGGUACCCAACCUGGUACCCAGCCAGCUGUAGCAAAUCCAAACAACCCUUGCACACCGGACGCACUCGCUGCAGGAAACAUCUACUUUGCCGUGAAAGGUGACGACACAAAAUUUAUUGAAUGCGACAUGUUAGGGCACGCAAAUGUUCUCCCAUGUUCUUCCGGCUUGGUAUGGAACGAGGGCCGCCUUUCUUGCGUUUAUAAAUUCGUCGGAUCCGGUGGUUCUGGAACCGGAACCGGAGGCAUCAGUACCGGUGGAACUGGAACCGGAACUGUCACAGGCACCGGAACUGGAACCGGAUCAGGAAAUCUUGACAACCCAUGCACACCAGAGACCAUUGCCGCCAACAAACUGUUCUUCCCCCACCCAGACUCCACAAAAUUCAUCCAGUGUGAUCUCUGGGGUGACGUGUUUGUUGUAAGCUGCCCGGCCGGACUCGUCUGGAACCAGUAUUCAGAGACCUGUGCCUCCGCAUUUGUAAAUGUAAGCGGAAAUGGAAAAUAGACAUUUAACUAAUUUCUCUCUUCUCAGUAAAAACUGUGAUUCUCAAAACAUGUAUAGUGUAUCUGAUCAGCUCAUCUAUACUUAAGUAUUUAUUUCAUGUAUACUAUUAAAGCAAUUUGUAUUCAUAGUAUUAUCAAAGUUUUACUGUCCGGCAAUAAAAUAUAUGUCCAACUCA